AUGAACAACGUGUUUGUCCUCAUGCAACCCGUGUAUCUCAAGAGGGCAUUCCCUUCGAACAUCGCCGAACGUCUCGAUCACGUCUCGAUCACCACCGCACACGACAUCAUCAAUCUCGCGACCGCAAACCCCACAGCACUCCACUUUGUCGCCAUCGGAGCCUCCGACUACCUUCAGCUCAAGACGAGCACCCAUCUCACGCUCUUCUCUGUCGUCGGCUCCGUUACCCACAGCGACCUGAUCAGUCCGAGCGGUCGCAGCCGUCAACUCUGCGUUGCACCAUCAGCACUCACCUGGCCACGUGCGGCUGCCGUCCUGGGUGCCAUUCUCAACAGACGAACACUCGUCUUCCCGUCGUUCCAUGCCGGCCUCUCCUUCUCGACAAGGUUGACCACCGGCACCUCAAACACUCCAACCAAGAUCCGCGGCAUGGCUCCCGCCACUCUGGUGAACGCACAAUGCGGUCCACCCCCCGUGCUGCCGGCCGAUCGAGAUGUGCCGACUUUCGAUGGGUGUAAGCCCUUCAAGUUCUCCAUGUGCUCCAUAUCGAUGCUUCCCAAAAUCCACAACGAUCUCUCCACAGAGUCUGCCGUCCUCCUGCUCUUCACUCUUGGGAAGUACAUCAAGAGCCACCCUGAACUCGACGACGAAAACGCCGACACCACUAUCUCCCUCAACAUCCAAUCCAUCGUCCUUCUCGCCAAUCCGGGAUUGAUGCCCCGCGGCUUCCUCGAGGACGAGCCCAUGCCCCUCCUCGGAGUCUUCCGACCGAAUUCCGAGCCUGACCAAUACCACUCGGAUGACAGCGACGACGACGAUGCCUCGCUCGUCUAG